CGGCCGCCAUGUUGGUCCUUCUGCCCAAGUCUCUCUAGCUGUAGGAGCUCGAGCUGGUUACUGCUCUCGACGCUGCCGAAUCUCUGGCCCUUUUUCUGCCCUGGUUGCACCCAGGCGGGCUGGCGAACAGCUCCCGGGGUGCCCUGUGUGUGGCUGCAAGAAAGUUCCUGCACUCCUCUGAUAAGCCUGGCACUGGUGAAACACCUUUGUGCGGUCAUCUGAGUAAAUAUUCCAGCAGCCCUCGGAGAUAACGAUGUUUGAACUGAACUACUAGGGAUUCUGAAAUCAAAAUACAAUUAAUAAUGGCAGGAAAAUCAUCUCUUUUUAAAGUAAUUCUUCUUGGAGAUGGUGGAGUUGGCAAGAGUUCUCUUAUGAACAGAUAUGUUACCAAUAAAUUUGAUGCCCAGCUCUUCCACACAAUAGGUGUGGAAUUUUUAAAUAAAGAUUUGGAGGUGGAUGGACAUUUUGUUACCAUGCAGAUUUGGGACACAGCUGGUCAAGAGCGAUUCCGAAGCCUGAGGACACCAUUUUACAGAGGUUCUGACUGUUGCCUGCUUACUUUUAGUGUUGAUGAUUCACAAAGCUUCCAGAAUUUGAGCAACUGGAAGAAAGAAUUCCUGUAUUAUGCAGAUGUGAAAGAGCCUGAAAGCUUUCCUUUUGUUAUUUUGGGCAACAAGAUUGAUAUAAGCGAACGGCAGGUGUCUACAGAAGAAGCCCAAGCCUGGUGCAGGGACAAUGGCGACUGUCCUUACUUUGAAACGAGUGCAAAAGAUUCCACCAAUGUUGCAGCAGCCUUUGAGGAGGCAGUUCGGAGAGUUCUGGCUACAGAAGAUAGGUCAGAUCACCUGAUCCAGACAGACACAGUCAAUCUGCACCGAAAGCCCAAGCCAAACUCAUCAUGCUGUUAAUGGCAUUAAAGAGAUGGUGUAUUCUAACCAACACACACAAACACACACGCAUACACAUGAGAUAAUUAGUGUUUGCAGCAGGGUUCAUCUACUAAUAAAAUUCAACUAACGAAUGUCGCUGCCUCAAUAGUUGAUGGGAGAAGGGACACAUUCACUCUGGAGGAAUCUAUUUACUCAGUGACACAUUACAUUUAUAAAUUGUAAUGGUUGUCUAAUGUUUCUUUAAUUUAAAAUGUUAGCGCUAAUAAGAUGACCAAGAAUUGAGUUUUAAUUCAAAUAAAAACCUUGACUAUUCUAGAAGUUAGACUUAGAUUGUUUUUCCCCACAAGAAAAUGGAGAUGGAGAAUUACUUUUAUAUGUGUAUAUUUUUAUGUAAUUAGCAUUCUAUUCUUGGUCCAGGAAAGUAAAUUCCUACAGCAUUACUAUUAAAGAUUAAACUCUAAUGCA